UGCCUCUUUUCUCUCUGCCUGGCUCUGCAGCUGUGGUCUGCUGAGCGUCACCUCCACACAGCAAGUGCCUUUACUUGAGCAGAAGAGAGAGGAGGAAGAGGAGGGAAGCUGCGAGACAGGGAGAAGAGAGAAUCCCAGGAGUGUGUAUGAAGGCACCACAGGAGCCUCUCUCCACUUCGCAGAGCGGGCUUGAAGAGUGCACGGAGACAGACGGCAGAGGCAGGCGGUGUUGGAGUAGCACGGCGCUGGCGGUGUUGGCAGAGUGUGCUGAGUGGAGACUGGGGAAUCCACUGGCGCUGCUGUUCCUGGUGUCUCUGGCAAGCGCUGCCUGAGCAGGAGACGGAAAAAAACGGUGCAGCAGCCAGGAUCUCGCCAGGGGGGGAAGCAUUUUACCGCGACAACCGAGCGUGAAGAGGGCUGAAACCUGCAGCACACAAACACACAUGGGAUAACACACAUGCACACCGCUAAGUGGGGAGGGAUACUCAGACAGACGCUGCAUUUUUAAAGAUUCACUACAAACACACUUCUUCUUCUGAAACGCACAAACUUCCAGACACUAAAUCCUCCUUUUUCUUGUCCAUGGAUGGAGGGUGAUGGAGAGGAAAACUUCUGGAUAUGAAAUUCUCCUUUAAGCAGGAUCUACUGAGGAGAUUUUCCCACUAAGAAUAACUUUUUUUUAUUUAUGGGAGUUUCAGAUUUAAACCCUCCAUCAAAGCACAGCACAAAAUCGUCUCUAUUCUUAGUGGCAGAGACGGAGAGCGGGCUGUGUGACCAUCGGGUUGCCUCCUCCUGAUUCACUGUGAACAGUAAGUGGAUUAUGACAGCGAUAUUUUGGGAUUUCUCUUUUGCUUGCAGAAAAGGGAGAGAAAUAGACCCAGGACUGGUGGAUUUUACGUGUGUGAGAGAAGGAGAGGAUCUGGUGUGUUUUCUCCUCCUGUGGAUUACAGAUGGGCUUUGAGAUCUGUCGGUGCAGUCUCAUGGAUGAUCGCUCGCUGCCAGUCAUUAGGAGAAAGUACAAAGAGGGACAAAAGUGGCUCGGGCGCGGGUGGAGAUUGAUUGAAGUGAUCCGUGUGAAUCCCAUUAAUGCAUCCUGGAUCGUGGCCAAAAGAGAAGCAAUGGAGGGGAGCACCGCUGUCUAGCUGCACUAUCUGAUCCUCACUGGAACAACUGAGCCUCCCCCCCCCCUGCCCCCCUGCAUCCCCUCUUCAACAACACCCCUCCUCCUCCUCCUCCUCCUGUUCUCGCCCAGGCAAAGGAUGGUACCUCCACCUCCCACCAACAAGCCCCACGUGUGCCUUUCCACCAUCCUGAUCAUGAGCAGCAUGGCGCUGAUCGAUGCCUACCUGGUGGAGCAGAAUCACGGCCCGCGCAAGAUCGGCAUCUGCAUCAUGGUGAUGGUGGGAGACAUCUGCUUCCUGAUCGUCCUGCGCUACGUGGCGGUGUGGGUGGGCGCCGAGGUACGCACAGCCAAGCGAGGCUACGCCAUGAUCCUCUGGUUCCUUUACAUCUUUGUGCUGGAGAUUAAAGUCUACUUUGUGUAUCAGAACUACAAAGCAGACAGGAAGAGUCUGGACGCGCUGGCGAGGAAAGCGUUGACAUUGUUGCUGUCUAUUUGCAUCCCGGUGCUGUUUAUAGUCCUGGUCGCCAUCGACCACAUGGAAUACGUCCGAGCCUUCAAGAAGCGCGAGGAGAUCCGUAACCGCCUCUUCUGGGUGGUGGUGGACCUGCUGGACAUUCUGGACAUCCAGGCCAACCUGUGGGAGCCUCAGAAGAAGGGUCUCCCCCUGUGGGCCGAGGGCCUGAUGUUCUUCUACUGCUACAUCCUGCUGCUGGUGCUGCCCUGCGUGUCCCUGAGCGAGAUCAGCAUGCAGGGCGUCAACAUCGUGCCCCACAAGAUGCUCCUGUACCCCAUCCUGAGCCUCGUCACCAUCAACGUCAUCACCCUCUUCAUCCGCGGGGGGAACAUGAUCCUGUACAGGGACGCCCGCGUGUCCGGGAUCCUCAUAGGAAAGAACGUGCUGGCCAUCAUCCUAAAGACCUGCAGCUUCGUGCAGUACAGGAGACAGUUACAGAACGCUUCUCCCGCCUUCGGGGUGGAGCUGCAGAAAAACUCGGUGGCCCACGCUCGCCCUGCCCCCACCCCCCCUCAAGUGGUCAUGCAGGACCAGACACCCCUCCCCGAGAUGACGACGUGUGAACACACAUGACAGAGAGACGAGGUGACUCCUCCAAACGUCUGUAUGAAUGUGACCCUGUGGACGCCGUCAGGGCUCCAUGUCCCACGCCUCUUAGGGCAUGUGAACGCUCCUGUGAACACGCAGGCGGUAGCGUUCUCCUCUACAGGCACACAGGACGCUGCGGGCGCUCAGUGACUACGGAGUGAUGCUGAAUCCAAAGCUGUCAUGGUGCAAAAAAAACAGCAUUGGUUGUGACUUUGUGUGAACAUUCAGUAAACUGUGUAUUUUUUCUAAUUGUACAAAAGAAGAAGAAAAAAAAA